CCAUUCCUGCACCCAUGCAUGGUAGAAUAAUAGGAGACAGCUCAAAGGGUUCUUGACCCUUCAAAAAAUUGUUAGGCACAAGAUAGAAGUCUUCUUCUUUACCCUCAAUAAUUCCAUCCACCACAAGGCGCCCUCCGCUGAGCUUGGCUUGGCAACGCGGAGGGACGGACAAUACUGACCUCUGAGAAAGAAGACAUUGAGGGAGGAAUAAACACAAUGCCAUUGGCCCGUUGAGGAAGGGUGAGAGCCAAUUAAUUGUUAACAAGAAUUGACCAUAUAGAGAGGUUCAAUCUUGUUAACAGCAAAUUUUGACGUUCACCCUUGGCAGACGGUUUUGCGAAUUCGAGAAGAGAAGGCGCGUGCACACACAAAAAAGGAAUUUCAGGUGAAAGGGCAUGAGCACAAAGAUGAAGAAGGGAAUCCUAAGACCAUUCCGCUACAUCUCUAACAUGAUGGAUGGUAAGGAGGCGGCACAAGACAUGCAGAUUGGAUUCCCCACGGAUGUGAAACACGUGGCGCACAUCGGAUGGGAUGGGCCUAGUGUCCCCAACAACAAUAAUAAUACUGCAGGAGCACCUAGCUGGAUGAAGGAUUACCAUUCGGCGCCACUGGACUCAGCCUCAUUUAGGAGCGACAGAGGGGGCUCUGCUGCAGCUAAUCCAUGGGCUUCUCAAGAAAUCGUGGUAGACGGAGGAAGCCUAGGAGACACAUCCUUCAGUGAAACCAGAAGCGAGGCCAGCGGCAGCAUGGACAUCACCGCCGGCGACUCCCCGCCGUCGCCCGACUCCCGCCGGUCGAGGCGGCACCGCUCCAGGGGCUCCGCCGCCACCUCCUCCAUGGACUGCACGGCCGCCGACGGCGGCGCCGCCCCGGAGAAGAAGGACAAGGCCAAGAAGAGCUCCCGCGGCAAGAACCGCAAGAAGGACAAGUCCGACAAGUCGGCGGCCGCCGGCGCCGGCGACGACGCCUCCGGCGCCACCUGCCAGGACCUCCCCGCCGUGCCCAAGAAGUCCAACCGCCGGAAAAACAAGGGCGGCUCGGAGGGCACCGGCGCCGCUGCGGCCUCCAAGGCCGACGGCGCCGGAGCCGGCGGGGAGGACGCGGCGGCGCCAGAGCCGCCGGCGACCGAAGAAGCUCAAGAUCACGACUGAUAAAAAAAAAAAGACACGAACACGAACUUCUUUCGGGAGACGAAAUCGAUGAAACUAAACUAAAGCUUGUCACGUCACGCUCCGGAUUUGCUUCGAGCGAGCUCGGAUUUAGAUGGAUGGGUAUAUAGAUUUUGCUCGAUCAUGCAUGGCGACGUUCGAAGAAGAAACGGGGUGUGUGCACGCCCUAAUUCAAACUGAUCCUUUCCUCUCAAUUUUUUUUCCCUUUUUCUUUCUCUCUCUCCCUACUGUAAUACUAUUUGAUCGACAUUUUGUUGAAUAUGUGUUGUGUUGUUCCUGACUCACAUAUAUAAAGUGUACCAAGUGGGAUUAUGUACGUUUUGUAUAACCGCGGUGAAAUAUUCUGUGAAAUUUAAUGGAUCCCUCUUGAGUACC